UGAAGCGCCACGCCCCCAACGUGGAUAGAAACGGCACUAACUAGACUGCAGAACCUUAUAAUACUGUCACCAUGCAAGAAAGAAGGUAGAAGAAAGGAUGGGAGUUUUAAUUUUAAAUUCAUUUAACUUUCUAAAUAUUCUUUGACUGACAAAAUUACAAACAAACUGGGACCGUCUCAUCAGAUGAAACAGGCUCUUUUUUUUCCUUUAACCGUUUCCCCAACAGGAUACCUUUAUUUUGUUUCCAGUUUGGGAUUGAUCAUAAAUUGUUUUUUGUUUUUUGUUUUAUGAGAAACCUACCUCCAUAACACAGCGUCACACAAAGGGAUCCACAGACAACAGACGCAUUUUGAAUCUGCAUGCCAUAAAAAGGGUAUUCGUUAACGAAAUGGCAACAGCAGCCCGUGUGGACCAUUUUGCAGCAGAGUGCCUUGUAUCAAUGUCCAGCCGUGCGAUUGUCCAUGGUCCAAAAGGGAAUAUAGAUAUCAAACCAGAAGCAUUGUCAGCCCCGAGAAACGGAGAGGAUACUAAUGAAGCAAAUAAAGACCCACUGCUGAAAGAUAACUCGUCUCUCUUUGUGGUGGCCAGAAUUUUGGCUGACCUAAACCAGCAGACCCCCAGCAAUCAUGCAGAUCAGGCAAAAAUAAAAGAAGAAAACAUCCCACAAACCACGCCCAGAGAAGAUGCCGGGUUUCAAAGUGGCUCCUUGCCCGGCAAACGUGAUGGAAACACUGCCACACCUACCAUCUACACCGACCCCGGUCCCAAACAAAGAAACAAGCGUGGGAGAAGCCGAAUUGAGCACGAAUCUCCCCAGAAAAAGCACAAAUGCCACUAUUCAGGUUGUGAAAAAGUUUAUGGCAAAUCGUCCCAUCUUAAAGCCCACCUCAGGACACAUACAGGUGAGCGCCCCUUUCCGUGCACCUGGCCCAACUGCAGCAAGAAGUUUGCCCGAUCGGACGAGCUUGCCCGCCACUACCGCACCCACACCGGGGAGAAGAAGUUCGGCUGCCCCCUGUGUGAGAAGCGCUUCAUGCGCAGUGACCACCUGAUGAAGCACGCCCGGCGCCACUCCGAUUUCGAGCCUGGCAUGCUCAAGAGGCCCCACAGCGCUGGCACCCGCACGGGCUCCCUCAGCGACUACAGCCGCUCGGAUGCUUCCAGCCCCACCCUCAGUCCAGCCAGCUCGCCUUAAGCCCUCCUUGCACUGGACGCCCGCACUUUUGCCUCGGCCCGACACUUAUGUUGCACAUUUUGUGAGCACCCCUCUGCUGUUAAUCUGCUUACUGUACUGUACUGCAUACGUAGCUGCCUAAUAUUAGUGCAAUCUCUCGGGCAAAUACUCUCCAACCUCUCCUGGCUGAUUCUGGAUGUAUUUCUAGCUCUAUAACUGUAGUGCUUUUGUUUUUUUUUUGUUUUUUUUUUCCUGUUUUAUAACUUUGCUUCAGAGAUCUGUUAAAGGUAUAUUUAAAUGUAUUUUAAACAAACAAACAAACAAACAAACAAAAAAAACAAAAAAAAUAAUCAUGUCUACACCUCAGGAUAACUUAUAACUGAUUGCACAAUACAAGCAUCACUUUACUCUUUGAAAUUCAGCUGUGUUUGAAUUUUGUUCCCCUCUCAGGGAUGGCCUAUCAUGUUGAAAGAAUGAACACAAUGAAGAUACACCCUUACUACAGCCUUACAGUCAACAAGAUUUGCACUCUUGACCUUUUUUUUUUAAAUUAUUUUUUGUUUAGUUAUAGUUAGUUUUCAUGCUGUCGAGGAAAACUAGCACUAGAAUUAUUAUUAAGUUAACCCAAGGGUUUUUCAUAUUAGAAAUAAUACUUACCAGACAAAAGUGGGGGACUAAAGGAAAUAAAGGACCACUUGCUGAUACUUUUGCGACUGGAAAUAACACACAUAGACCAUUUUUAUUUUCAUUUCAACAAAACAUUUCUCUGCGCCCAAGAGAUUCGGUUCAGGCUUGUGGCAACCCAAACCACAAUGCCUUGACACAGGUCUAUAUGGCAUUUAAAGGGAAUUCCUUCGCUCUGUAAGGAAUCAUAGGUUAAACAAUGGUCUAUUUUCAUUUGUAAAAGCUGACAAACCUGAUCAAAUUUCUGCCUGUUGGAAAGCAGCUGUUUCAUAGUUUUAAAACAUACAAAUGAAAUGCUUUUUAUUACUGGGAAGGAGGGGAGACCUUAUUCAUCAGACUAGCCGAACAAUCAUGUUCCCUUUUCUACAAGAAUCCGCUGUACUUGAAUAUUAGUCUAGCACUGACUUUCAUUUCGUUUUCCUGUGCACAUCUCUACCUUUGGUUUUGCAGGUGUUGAACAGGACCAUCUGUAGAAUUAUCCUACUCAACUACUACUACUACUACUACUAGCUUCUUAAUCAACUUUGUUGGGUCACUGCUAGCAUUUGUAAAUACCUGUAUCCCACAAGGAAUAAUUUACAGCAACAAAGAGGAAUUUAAGUUUUAAAGCUACUGAUUUCUGCUUUUCAUGCAGCAGGAAUUCAAAAUCUAAAGCCAAAAGGAAGGCAUGAUGCAAUUUUAUUAAAUUUGCAAAAGCAGUGCCAAAUCAUUACAGCUUUCUGACUCAUGCUAAUUUGUUGUUCUCUCUCCCCAUCAACUUGUUGGAAAAAAAAUAAAUAAAUCAGUGAAUUAAUUAAUGAAGGUACCCCUCAGGCAUGAAAAAUUGAUUGCUUUGGCUCAAUGCUUGCAGAAAAAAGUUAUAGAGAAUGAAGGGGAAGGAAUGAAGGAGAAGGUAAUUGUUGCCAAGACGAGUAUAUGAAACCUUUCUCAGUGCUUCAUUAACUACAAGGAAAAAUGUGGGAAUUCUAUUAAUUAUUUACAGUAAAAUACUUUUUUGUUUUUGUUAAAGGAGUUAAUUUUCUUACCUCUUAGCACUAACAAAAUUGUCCCUCGUCUAACAAAAUUAACAAAAUUGCUAACAAAAUUGUCCCUCUCUUUUGCUUGUAUUUUACACUUCAAUUUGGAAUAUGCAGAUAUUUCAAAGACAACGCUUUAGAAGUAAGUUACUGCUGCAUGUGACCUAAAGAAGAGGAAAUGAUACCAGAAAGAAACCGUUUAAAUAAAAAAAACGAUCUGUAGAUCCUGAAUUUAAGAGGAGAACAAGCAAAAUAAUAGGGAGAUCUUCAAUGCUAGAAAAGAGGGAUAAUUUUGCUCAUUUAAAGAACGUGUAAACCUUUGCUUAUGAGGGGCGGAAUGAAGGAAUGUCCAGUACAGUGUCUACACACAAAGGAAAAAUAAUAAAAUAUAAAGCACAUCACAGGCCUAUUCAAAUUAGCAUCUAAUUUGGCAUAACUGUGGUGGUUGUUUUGUCACAGAGGAACAUGGGAAAGGAUUACCUUUCAAUCUGAUUGAUUAACAAGGGGAAUGAGUGACUCUCAUUUUGUUGGUCUGAAAAAAUAACACAUCACCCCUUCUCCUUGGUUUUUCGAGGACCAAUAUGACUAUACACUGCUAUAUGAUUUAUUCUAUACGGUACUUUUAUAAUACGCUGUAAUCACAAAUGCUUUCAGACAGGAUGAUUCGAUCACAAUAGCAUUAAAUGGCUGAUAUGGUGAGAAGGAUACAUGGAGUCAGUAAUGGAAUAGAAUACCAGUCAUUCAAAAGGAAUUUAGUUUUGGAAACUAUCAAACAGCAGCUUUCAAACCAUGACCAUAGACGCCUGAAUUCUAAAUUUGCUUCUGUACAAAUGCAGGUAGUGUAUUUGCCCUAGAGAGUACUGUUCAAGGUUUUAAAAAAGUGAAAUAUUUAGUGGAUGCAUAGUACAUAUACUUUUUACUGUCAACAAGUCUGUGAAUUAACAGAAUUGUGAAAGGACCUUCGGUGCAAACAGAUUUGUUCUGAUAAGAAUUUGCUCUCUGGGUCCUUAAGGUGUUGGUGAGUCUAGGCGGUCAGGGCCUGCCAAGUCCCCACUGCUAUUGUGGUGCUGCAUGCCCUCGUUAGAGACAGGAGAGAAGUGGGAAUAGUACCUCAGCUGUAAACUGAGAGGAAUGCUUCUCAUGAAGGAAGCAGGUGUGAGUGUGUGUGUGUGAAUGGGCUGCCAUGUCUGUGUGCCUCCCCCAAGGGCCUCUCCUCUGGGCCACCAAAAGGCACAUAAUCAGCUCUUUUAUUUCUGUUUUAUAAGUCAACUCCUCUUACAAAAAUAUACUGCAAUAAACUGCAGCAUGACACAGCAUUUAAUAGCACAGUAAUGUUGUGUUGCUCUCUGGUGAAGUAAUACUGCAGGAGAAACGCCAACAAGAGUAUGCUUGUGUCCUAAUUACCAUGUAUCUUAUCUAGAACCUUUGGUCCCAUAGCCAAUGACUUCAGGCCCCAUGGCUAUAAACCAGUUUGAUCUAGAAAACAAGACACUGAAGGCAGUCCUUGAUAGUACAAGCUAAGGGAAUUAUUCCAGGAAUGAUGAAAGGAGGAACAAACUGGAAUAUGAAAUCCUAGUCCUCAGAUCAAACUGAUCCCAAAGCAGACUUGGUGGGCACUGUUCAAAUCCAGCUACAGACUCUCACAAUUUGACAGUUAUUAGACUGUUUCUUCGUGUGUCUUCAAAUACCUCUUUUCUUAAGUGUUUUGAAAUUCUUUUUAGAUUGGUAUUUAAACUCAGCUCAGUAACACUUUACAAGUGGGCUGGAACGAGGCUGUUCAUAUGACAAAUUGAUCAUGAAUUGAUGAUAGCUUCUUUGGAAUUCAAUAGGAAAUACUGUUUUAGUUCAUCAAAUACUUUUUGCAAAGAAGUUUCCCGUAAUUAACCCAUACGUAUCCUUUCAGAAUAUCACCAUUUCAAAAAACAGCAUAUUGGGUGUUGUUGCUUAGUCUGCAUUAAAGCAAGUCUUUUUGUAACCGUAGAAACAGCAGCCACAGUGUUUUCAACUGUUAGCCUUUUCACUGGUUGAAUAUAUAGUUCAGCAAUAUGUCCUUUUAAUGUAGGUAUUCACACAACAGAGAACUACAUUUUGACUCCAGACUUGCAACAGACACUUUAUUUUUUAUCAGCAUUUUAAGUAAUGGGCAUUAUGGGCCUUUUUCGCAAAACUUUACAGACCGGUUUAAGUAAUAUUUUUUAAGGCCUGCUUUUUAUAGAGUGUUUAUGAAUAUUAAUUUGUAAUUUAAUAAAUCAAAUAUGCUUUAAAAAACAUUUCUUAACAAAACAAUUCUCUAAAAUGGUCCUUUGUGAAUUGGGCCCUGUAUUUCAGGUGGUCCUUUAUUCCCCCUUGGGUAGUUCUAAUAGGUUCUUGUUUAUUUAACAGCUACAGUGUUUCAGGGGGGUGUACCAUGUAUCCAAGUAUAUAUUAUUAUUAUUAUUAUUAUUAUUAUUAUUAUUAUUAUUAUUAUUAUUAUUUUAAUAAAAGGCCUAUCCGCUUUCAGUAGGGAGCUGUCACGAAUGAACAGAAAUGCAAAAAUUGACUGAAAAGAGAUGGGUAUUUUCUUUUAAAAUCUAAUGUAUAUGUGUAUUUUAUAUUUACCUGUUGUUGGUUUAUCAUACAAUUUCUAGGUCAGUAUGAAAUCUGGGGAAACACUGUUUUUAUUUUGUGUUUUGUAACUUACAAUUUGUCUACUGGAGAAGCCAUUUUGGCAGCAUGCUGAGUGGUUUCAAUGCAUUUGACAGUAUCUCGCUGGGUUACCAACAUGAAACGGUAAACAAACCCAAACCCAAGUUGUGCCACCUUCUCCUGAAACUAAAACUCCCUUUUUGAAGCUACUUAUUGGAGGGGUUGCUAAGGCUUAUGACAAAGAAAGGAAUUCUCCAAGCUUUUAAAUUUAGGCAACUAUUUUCUUGUUAUGCUUUUUUUAUGGUUUUUUUUUUUUUUUUUUUUUUGUAAAUGUGUAUUCAAUAGCUUUGAUCAGAUUUAAUCCACUUCAUACUGUAUUCAGUAUACUCCGAGACCAUAGCAUUGUGAAGUAGUAUAGCGCCUUCUCAUUUUUAUUGGCUAGGUAAAAAAAAAAAGAGGGCCCAGGAGUUAUAUGUUUGUACAGGAUAACACAUGUAUUUGGUUAAUACAACAAGACUCCAGUUUACCAUGCUUAAAUCAAAUUUGAUGACCAUUUCUUUCUCUUCCCAAGCUCGCUUUCUGAAGCAAAAACAGUUUGAAUUCUGGUUUUGGUCUGCAAAUAGUGGCCACACAAAUUUUAGUCUAUUAGUGGUGCUGCACCCCUCAUCCCAGCACAGUAAUAUAAUCGGUGAAAUUAACUUUUUACUCUGAGACGACAAGGAAUGUGCACAACCUUACACUCAGCUACUUAGAAGGUCUGAAAGGAUUUUUUAAAUGGACUCUGCCCUCAGCUUUAACAUUUUUUGUUUUAUUUUACCAAAAUAAAUUCCCAAAACUUGCUUUAAAAUGUCCCUGUAUAGAAUUUCUAUAGAUUUAACCUGUAUUCGUAUCCAAUACAUUCUGUUAGUUUACAUCCUUAUCAUUAUACACUUAAAAAAACAGAAGGGAAACCACAUCAAAACAAGGGCAACAACUCAGGUAAGACCACUAUUAAAUGUAUUUCUCUUAAUGCUAGAAGUCUCAGAAACAAAAUGUUAGAACUUGAAGCUACUGCACUAACAAGUAACUACGAUGUGAUAGGUGUUACAGAAACUUGGUUGUCUGAGAGUGAUGGAGACGAAUAUAAUAUUAGUGGGUACACACUAUAUAGGAAAGACAGGCAGGACAGAAGAGGCAGAGGGGUAGCGCUGUACAUAAGAAAUAGUCUUGAAGCCCAGGUGUUAAAUCAGGACAAAGAAAACAAUGCAGAAUCAAUAUGGGUCAGAAUAAUGGACACAAAUUCAAAGGGCAUAAUAAUAGGAGCAUGCUAUAGACCGCCAAAUUCAGAUGCUGAGCAAAAUAAUCUGUUGUACAAUGACAUUCGAAAUGCGUGUAGAAAAGGAGAAGCCAUACUGAUGGGGGAUUUAAACUUCCCCUGUAUAAAAUGGGAAAACCCGAUGGGGGGCACGACGGACGAAAUUGAAAUGGUGGAAAUGACAAAUGACUGCUUCCUAACGCAAUUUGUCAAGGCACCGACUAGAGGGGAGGCAUGCCUUGACUUAGUCUUUUCAAAUAAUGAAGACAGAAUAACUAAAACAGAGGUCAGAGAGCCAUUGGCAAACUCAGACCACAACAUGGUCUCAUUUGAAAUAUUUUUUAAAACCCCAAAAGUAAUGACUAAAGCUAAGGUUUACAAUUUUAGAAAAGCAAACUACGAAGGUAUGAAACAGAGACUAAUAGAAGUAGAUUGGAGUAAAAUAGAGAAAACAUCCACAGAAAAAGGAUGGCUGUUUUUUAAAAAUGUAGUACUAGAGGCACAAAACAAUUACAUCCCAAAAGUAGACAAAUCUAAAUCUAAAACAAAAUGGCCAAAAUGGUUUAAUAGAUCAAUUAAAAAAAAAUAUUCAGCGAAAAAAGGCACUUCACAGAGCGUUUAAAAGGGACCAAAAACAAAGCACACAGAAAGAGUACUUGGAACUGCAAACACAAGUCAAAAACGAAGUUAGAAAGGCCAAGAGAGAGAAAGAAAUCAAUAUUGCUAAGGGGGCUAAAACCAAUUCCAAAAUGUUUUUCCAAUAUUAUAACAGCAAGAGAACAUUCAAAGAGGAGGUUAAAUGUCUAAGAGACACAAAUGGCAAAAUCAUAGAUGAAGAAAAAAAAAUAGCAAAUAUAUUAAAUGAUUACUUUUCACAGGUUUUUACAAAGGAGGACACGGACAACAUGCCUCACAUUUCGACUAUAGUAUUACAGCCUGUUCCUAUCCAAUUUUAAAUAACUUUAGCAUAACAGAGGCAGAAGUGUUAAAGGGACUAGGAGCUCUUAAAAUAAACAAAUCCCCUGGGCCAGAUGAGAUCCUCCCAAUAGUACUCAAAGAAAUGAAAGAAGUUAUUUACAAACCGCUAACCAAGAUCAUGCAACAGUCUCUUGACACGGGUUGUACCGACAGACAGAAAAUAGCAAACGUAAUACCGAUCCACAAAAAGGGAGACAAAACCGAACCAGGUAACUACAGACCAGUAAACCUGACUUCUAUUAUAUGUAAACUUAUGGGAACUAUAAUAAGAUCCAAAAUGGAAAAUUAUCUAUAUGGUAACAAUAUCCUGGGAGACAGCCAGCAUGGUUUUAGGAAAGGGAGAUCAUGUCUAACUAACCUACUUGACUUUUUUGAGGAUGCAACAUUGAAAAUGGAUAACUGCAAAGCAUAUGACAUGGUCUAUUUAGAUUUCCAGAAAGCUUUUGACAAAGUCCCGCAUAAAAGAUUAAUUCUCAAACUGAACGCAGUAGGGAUUCAAGGAAAUGCAUGCACAUGGAUUAGGGAGUGGUUAACAGGUAGAAAACAGAAAGUACUGAUUAGAGGAGAAACCUCAAAAUGGAGUGAGGUAACCAGUGGUGUACCACAGGAAUCAGUAUUAGGUCCUCUGCUAUUCCUAAUCUACAUUAAUGAUUUAGAUUCUGGUAUAGUAAGCAAACUCUUUAAAUUUGCAGACGACACAAAAAUAGGAGGAGUGGCAAACACUGUUGAAGCAGCAAAGGUCAUUCAAAAUGAUCUAGACAGCAUUCAGAAUUGGGCAGACACAUGGCAAAUUAAAUUUAAUAGAUAAAAGUGUAAAGUAUUGCAUGCGGGCAAUAAAAAUGUGCAUUAUAAAUAUCAUAUGGGAGAUAGUGAAAUUGAAGAAGGGAACUAUGAAAAAGACCUAGGAGUUUAUAUCGACUCAGAAAUGUCUUCAUCUAGACAAUGUGAGGAAGCUAUAAAAAAAAGGCUAACAAGAUGCUCGUAUAUAUAUUGUGAGAAGUGUUGAAUUUAAAUCAAGGGAAGUAAUGUUAAAACUUUACAAUGCAUUAGUAAGACCUCACCUAGAAUAUUGUGUUCAGUUCUGGUCACCUCGUUACAAAAAGGAUAUUGCUGCUCUAGAAAGAGUGCAAAGAAGAGCAACCAGAAUUAUCCCAGGUUUAAAAGGUAUGUCGUAUGCAGACAGGCUAAAAGAAUUUAAUCUAUUCAGUCUUGAACAAAGAAGACUACGCGGCGAACUGAUUCAAACAUUCAAAAUCCUAAAAGGUAUAGACAGUGUCAACCCGGGGGACUUCUUUGACUUGAAAAAAGAAAAAAGGACCAGGGGUCAUAAAUGGAGAUUAGAUAAAGGGGCAUUCAGAACAGAAAAUAGGAGGCACAUUUUUAUACAGAGAAUUGUGAGGGUCUGGAACCAACUCCCCAGUAAUGUUGUUGAAGCUGACACCCUGGUAUCCUUCAAGAAGCUGCUUGAUGAGAUUCUGGAAUCAAUAAGCUUCUAACAACCAAACGAGCAAGAUGGGCUGAAUAGCCUCCUCUCGUUUGUAAACUUUCUUAUGUUCUUAUGUUCUUAUGAAAUGUAUAAGGUGACCAUAUGGCUCCUUGUUCAGUGGGGCAGUUUGGAGUAGUUCAGGCUUUUCAACUCACAACCCAGUGCAUUCUGGUAAGUAUAGUCCUGCUUCUCUUAAAGGUAAGAAUGGUACCUGAGAUGGGUAAAACUUACCAGAAUGCAUUGGGUUGCCAUUUGAAAAGCCUGAACUGUCCCAGCUGAACACACAGCCAUAUGGUCACCUUAGAAAUGUAUGGGGUUUAUGUUAAACAUGGUCUGGCACUUAGAAGCCAUUUUGGUGGUAGUUGUGUUUUUAAUUCAAACUUAAAAAAAAUAAACAGAAAACUGUGAUCUAAAUGAAAAACACUAGCUAAUAAUAAUAAUAAUAAUAAUAAUAAUAAUAAUAAUAAUAAUAAUAAUAAUAAUAAACAAUUACCAAAAAUCCGUGGAUGAAAAAAAUAUUUAAAAUAUUUGAAGGUGCCACAUUGUACUUAAUUAAACACGUCUUUAUUUCCAUUACAUUAAAUAACAAACAAAUACAAAUUACAAUAAUACAAAUUUGUCGGCACAAGAAAUGCUCUAGUUUUGUAGGUGUGCGUGUGUUUUGUUAUACGUAUAUACAGCACUGUGUAUGUAGGAUAGGGUAUGUCUUUGUCCCUUGCAUUUGGAAUUCUUUGGCUUGACACAACUGGGAUUUGUGUCUAACCAACCCAUUGGGUUCAGGUGGGUCUAGUUUGAAACAUUUAGAAUGUAGAGUAUGUUUCUAUACAAUAAACUUUGUAUUGCAGUUGUGUGUGUCAUAGCUCUACAAACCCGUAGAUUUGAAUCUUCUGUUCUUUUCAAAGUGAAUGCAUACCCAUUCCAAAGGAUUACAUUUAAUCUGUUUGCUGCUUUGCAUUAAAGCAACUUGUCAUUGUUUUUGUAUUGUUUGUACUGUACAUUUGACUGUGAGCAGUAGAUUUAGGUACUUUUUAAUUGCAGUUUUAACACAUUUCUUACACUCUCCUUAUCAGGUCGUUAUUCUCUUUUUUUUCUAUAUUUGUUCUGUGUAUUUGAUUAAAAAAAAUUUUUCUUUCAUAUAUAUAUAUAUAAUAUAACUUUACCUAUGUAGCAGGCUGGUCCGUUGGUUGGAAAUCGAAUAAAAUACAAUUAGAAGUUGGCUUAAAGGGAAUUUUUUCAGUUAAAUUAUUGUUUUUUUAGAUGUACAAAAACAGGCUUUUGAUAUUGGUUUAAAGGCACCAUUUUUUUUUUUUUUUGGUUUGUUUAAAAAAAAAAAAAAAAAAAAAAAAUUGCUACAAUUUGAUAUUGUGAUUGACGUGCUUGGUGAUGUGCUGAAAUAAUGUUUUGGUAAUAAAAAUGAUUUGAUUGCAAUGCAAUGAUUUUACCAGUCAGGUUUUUUUCAGGAAUACAGAUUACUGUAGUUAUAUAGUGUUUAUUUUAUAGGAAGUGUGACAUGUCUAUGUAACCAAUAUAUGAUUCUUUAAGGGAGUUAAAAAACUAACUCCUGUAUUAAACAACAAAACAUUUAUAGUAUCACAGCCUCUACUGGUACUAUAGUUUAGAUUACAUUCAGACCUAGACUUCAAGUGGGAAGGAUGUUAAAAGGAAAGCAUCUCUGAUUGUACUCCAGCUUUCAUCUGUUAAACUUCUUUCUAAUAAACUCAUUGAGCUAAUAUGGCUAUUCUACCAACUGAGCAUGGGAUUGUUAAUGCCUGCCUUGUUCCAUUAUAGAAUGCAAUUUUAAUUUAGAAACUUAAAACCACCCGAAUGAAAAACAAAAUGAUUUCAAAGUUGUCUGUGCGUACCAACCAGCUUUCAAACGUUUACUGGCAGCUGAGAGUUUUUCCCAUGUAAAUGUAUGAAAUAUAUAAACUUACAAUAAUUUUGGCGGUUUAGAAUCUGUAUCACCGUGAGAUAAACUGUGUAGAAAUAUAGAUUGUUAUAUGACUAAGAAAUACAGCAUUACCGGUUUAAAAUAAAAAAAGUGUAAUUAAUAAAGGGCCAGACAUGGGAACUAAUACAAGUCCUCCUAAAGUUUGUUGUGGGGUAUGGUACUUAAGAGUACUAUGAAAAGGAUCUUUCACAAUCCGAAUAAUCAAUUUAGUGGUUUAUUAAUAACAAAAAUAAAUGCCCUACACAAACUGCAUGUCUUUCCCCAUGUUCUUUAAUCUUCUUUAAAUAUCUUGCAAGCAGAAUUGCUUAUUACUUAACAAUGAACAAAGCCUGCUUUUUAAGGAAUUGUUUUAUAAUUUUGAAUUCACCAUGCGAUGCCUGUUUUAGUGACCUGCCGGUGCUGCUGUUUUUUUUUAAAUGUAUGAAGCACCAGUGUUACUUGCUUUGUAAUUUUAACUUCUGCUUUAUGUGGGCCAGUUUUAUUUUCCAUAAAGACAUCCAACGUGCAGUGUAUCAUAUUUUUUCAAUCAACCAAAAUCACUACAUUGAAGUAUUACAGUUGUACAGUUCCAUAGAUUAUAUGUACAUAUAAAUGUGCUGGUCUGUUGUUUCUCUGCUGUACCUUUUUAUUAUGUAUGUAUUUUUUACUUGGUAGAUGAUAUAUUGUGACUAUGUCCUAUGCAAAAGAAAAUUAACAGAAUUGUAAAAUAUUUUUUGUUGUCUUAACUUGUAUGCAUGAAUUAGUGAAGUUUACAUUUGGAAAUAAAUUCUUAAAUAAGAA